UAAAAUUCAAAAAGUUAUAUAUAAGAGAGCAAUGUUUGAACAACGUAAUUCGGAUCCAGUGAAGUUCAAGGGCAAAAAGUUGUGCUGUGCGCCUCUCCUGUUGGAGUGGGUGUGCUAUUGGUGUGUGGCAGAGACAGCAAAAAUGGCUUUAAAUUCCAAAACUUUAACUUUUGAGGAGGUGGCUAAGCACAAUCACAAAAAGGAUUGCUGGAUUAUUGUCCAUGGAAAGGUUUAUGAUAUCACCCCAUUUUUGGAUGAUCAUCCAGGAGGUGAUGAAGUUUUGGUGGCGGCAACAGAGAAGGAUGCGACCAUUGAUUUUGAAGAUGUGGGGCACAGUGACUCUGCCACAGAAAUGAUGGAAAGAUACUUGAUUGGGAAGGUUGACACUGCCACUCUUCCAGCCAAAGUUAACCAUAUUCAGCAACCACCUACACAAGCGCAUGGUGUUGGCAAUCAAUCUUCUGGAUUUGUUGUGAAGAUGUUGCAAUUCCUGUUGCCAUUGUUGUUAUUGGGCCUUGCCUUUGCUCUGCAGCACUAUGGCAAAAAGAAGUAUGCUAGCACCUCAUGAAAGCUCAAUUUAAUUGAGCUAGAGCCGAAGUUUCAGUAUGUUUGUUAAUCCCUUGCCUAUACAAUACAGUAUAUCGAAGUGGUAUUCACCAAAAAAAAGGUCUUAAAUCAAUGUUGUAUCUCUGUAUCACCAUGCAGGGCCCUUGAUGCACUGUUGUGUGGUGUCUUUGAUCAGUCAUGCUACUUGAGUAGCUCUUCAUUUAGACAAAUGAUUUUUUAUCUGAUCUCGAGUGUUUGAAUAUUUUGAAAUGGAUUUUAUUAAAUCAAUUGGGUCAAUGAUCUAGUGAUUUAUUCU